CGAAUAUUGCAAAAUUUCAAUUGGAGCUUUUCGCUGGCCUCGACUUUUCGCAUCUUCAACAACCCGCCCAACGAUCAGGUAAGUCACGGCCGCUCCGAGAAGAGGACUCUUUGUUCUUGAAGCUCCGGCAGCUCUCGACGAAACCGCACAACGCAACGAAUCUCGGUCGCUGACUCUCCCGUCUGCUGUAGCCGAAAUACUUGUCCCGACACUUGGACAAGAUGGCCUCCCGCCCGACCGUUACCGUUUUCGGCGCCGAUGGCAAGGCCACCGGCGCCACUGAGGUCCUCCCCAAGGUCUUCAGCGCCCCCAUCCGCCCGGAUAUCGUCAAGCACGUCCACACCGGCAUGGCCAAGAACAAGAGGCAGCCGUACGCCGUCAGCGAGAAGGCCGGCCACCAGACCUCUGCCGAGUCGUGGGGCACUGGUCGCGCUGUUGCCCGUAUCCCCCGUGUCUCGGGCGGUGGUACUCACCGUGCCGGCCAGGCUGCUUUCGGUAACAUGUGCCGUUCCGGCCGCAUGUUCGCUCCUACCAAGAUCUGGCGCAAGUGGCACGUCAAGAUCAACCAGGGCCAGAAGCGCUUCGCUACUGCCUCCGCCCUUGCCGCCUCUGCUGUGGCUCCUCUCCUGUUCGCUCGCGGCCACCAGGUUUCGACCGUCCCCGAGGUUCCCCUGGUCGUCGACUCUGCCGCCGUCGCCGGUGACGCGCUCGCCAAGACCUCUGCCGCUCUCGCCCUCCUGAAGGCUGUCGGCGCCGGUCCCGACGUGGAGAAGGUCAAGGCCUCCAAGAAGCUCCGUGCGGGCAAGGGCAAGCUCAGGGGCCGCCGCCACCGCCAGCGCCGUGGCCCUCUGGUCGUCUACAGCCCGGAGACCGACGGCAAGGAGCUCGUCAAGGGCUUCCGCAACAUCCCCGGUGUCGAGACCUGCCCGGUUGAUGCCCUCAACCUCCUCCAGCUUGCCCCCGGUGGCCACCUCGGCCGCUUCAUCGUCUGGACCUCUGCUGCCAUCAAGCAGCUCGACUCGGUGUACGAGAGCAAGAAAGGCUUCUACCUGCCGCCCGGCAUCGUCACGCAGGCCGACCUCACCCGUCUCAUCAACAGCACUGAAAUCCAGAGCGUCCUCCGUGCCCCCAAGGGCGAGGCCCGCACUAAGCGCAGCGCCGUGCAGAAGAAGAACCCGCUGGUCAACAAGCAGAUCCAGCUCCGCCUCAACCCUUACGCGGCGACCUUCAAGAAGGAGAAGCUGGGUGAGCUCAAGGCUGAUGAGGGCAAGCCUAAGCCUACUCCGGCGGAGUUCAAGGAGCAGCUGCACGAGCUCUAAGCUGGGGUUAGGCAAAAGGGACGGAAUCGGGUGUGGGUACUUCUCGGCGUAAUGGAUUAGGCAUGUGUGCUCGCACAUGAAUGAAUUCUGAUACCGGACAUGCGGCAUUUUGCUUUGUGACAUGAUUGUGCAUUUUCAAACAAGCAGCAGAGCUCGAGAUGAAAUUGGAGUCUCGAGUGGCAGCAAGCCUAAGGCAACUACAAAGUUCCAUUCCCGGCGUUUGUUAAGUGUAUUGAUUUGUCUCCUGUCU